AAAUACUAUACAUUAUACGAUUAUAGUACAUCUUAUAGCACUCCUAAAACCUCAUUUCAUUUCUAUGCAUGUAGUAUUUUUGUUUUCAUGAGAACUUAGUGUAUGCCCAUAUAAAUAUUCAGUAACGGUUUUUGGCCCAGAAGGUCAAAAACCACAGUUUUUGGCCCAAAAGGCCAGAAACAAGUAGACCAAGGUCUUUAACAUUAAUUUUACAAGAUUUAAAAGGUCAGUUUGGUUCGUUAAGGUUAAUUUAGCUAAAAAUGGAUGGGGGUGACAUAUAUAAAGCUACUAGUAGUUUAAGGAUGGGUAGUUUAAGAGCAGGAAGUGGACGAACAUCGAGUGUACGAUCAGCGAGUAAUUCGCUAUGGAGGAAUUCGGGUAUGGAUGUUUUUUCAAGAUCAUCAAGAGAAGAAGAUGAUGAAGAGGCUCUUAAAUGGGCCGCACUUGAAAAACUGCCAACUUUUGAUCGAUUAAGGAAAGGUUUGUUGUUUGGAUCAACCGGUCCUUCAAACGAAAUCGAUAUCGAUAAUCUUGGAUUUGAGCAAAGGAAACAUUUGCUUGAUAGACUUGUUAAGGUGGCUGAUGAAGAUAAUGAAAGAUUUUUGUUGAAGCUAAGGAACAGACUUGACAGGGUUGGAAUUGAAUUGCCAACAAUUGAAGUGAGAUUUGAACAUUUGACCGUGGAGGCUGAUGUUAGCAUAGGAAGUAGGGCCUUGCCUAGUUUCCUAAACUUUCACAUUGAUAUCUUUGAGGGGUUUUUGAGCAUGUUUCAUCUACGUCCAAAUAACAAGAAACAUAUAACUAUUCUUGAUGAUCUUAGUGGAGUUGUUAAACCUAGCAGAAUGACAUUAUUGUUGGGUCCUCCAAGUUCUGGAAAGACAACACUCUUGUUAGCAUUGGCUGGGAAGCUCGCCAAGGAGCUUAAAAAUUCCGGGAGGGUGACGUAUAAUGGCCAUGAACUGCAUGAAUUUGUACCUGAAAGAACUUCUGCGUAUAUCAGUCAAAAUGACGUCCAUAUUGGAGAAAUGACAGUCAGAGAAACCUUGGCUUUCUCUGCUCGAUGCCAAGGGGUUGGAACACGUUACGAGAUGUUGGCAGAGUUGUCAAGAAGAGAGAAAAAUGCGAACAUCAAACCUGAUCCUGAUAUCGAUGUCUACAUGAAGGCUGCAGCAAGUGAAGGACAAGAAGCAAGUGUAGUCACAGAUUAUACUCUCAAGUUAUUGGGAUUGGAUAUAUGUGCUGACACCAUGGUAGGGGAUCAAAUGAUACGGGGUAUUUCUGGUGGGCAAAGGAAGCGUGUGACAACCGGCGAAAUGAUAGUUGGACCAUCAAAGGUUCUUCUUAUGGACGAGAUAUCAACUGGUUUGGAUAGUUCAACAACGUUCCAAAUUGUGAAAUCGCUUAGACAGUUUCUUCACAUUCUUGAAGGAACUGCUGUCAUUUCUCUCCUACAGCCUGCACCAGAGACCUACGAUUUGUUUGAUGACAUCAUCCUUUUAACUGACGGGAAGAUUGUGUACCAAGGUCCGCGUGAAGAUGUACUUGAGUUUUUUGAGUCCAUGGGGUUCAAAUGCCCAGAGAGGAAAGGAGUUGCUGACUUUCUGCAAGAAGUUACAUCAAAGAAAGACCAGCAGCAGUAUUGGAUGAGAAGAGAUUUGCCAUAUAGAUUCGUGACCGCUAAAGAGUUUUCUGACGCUUUCCAGUCUUUUCAUGUCGGAAGGAAUCUAAGAGAGGAUCUUGGGACCCCAUAUGAUAAAAGCAAAAGUCACCCUGCUGCUCUCACAACUGAAAAAUAUGGUUUAAAUAAAAAGGAGCUCUUAAAGGCUUGUACGGACAGAGAAAUAUUGCUAAUGAAGAGGAACUCAUUCGUUUAUAUCUUCAAAACGUUCCAACUAAUUACGACAGCACUCAUCGCCUUGACUUUGUUUUUCCGAACUGAGAUGCAUAGACGUGGUCCUGAAGAUGGUGCAAUAUAUGUCGGUGCUCUUUUCUUUGGUGUGUGUAUGAUUACAUUUAACGGAAUGUCUGAGAUCUCGAUGACAAUUGCAAAGCUUCCUGUAUUUUACAAACAAAGAGAUUUUCUCUUUUAUCCCUCGUGGGCAUAUGCUCUUCCAUCGUGGAUCGUCAAGAUUCCAAUUUCAGUUAUUGAAUCUGCUACUUGGACAUUUUUGACCUAUUACAUAAUAGGAUUCGAUCCUAACGUGGGAAGAUUCUUCAAGCAGUUUCUUCUGUUCUUUUUUGUUAACCAGAUGUCUUCUGCAUUAUUUCGGUUCAUUGGAGCCAUGGGUCGAAAUAUGAUAAUUGCAAACACAUUUGGUUCAUUUGCACUUCUCUUGAUUUUUGCUUUGGGUGGCUUUGUCCUUAUUAGAGAGGAUGUAAAGAAGUGGUGGUUGUGGGGAUACUAUACAUCUCCGCUAGCAUAUGCCAUGAACGGACUUAGUGUGAACGAGUUUCUUGGACAUAGUUGGAAAACGCCAAUGAAUGACACCACGCUCGGGAAAAUCGUUAUAGCAUCUGGAGGAUUUUUUCCACAAGCUUACUGGUAUUGGAUUGCAAAUGGGGCUUUGGUUGGAUUUAUUCUUAUCUACAACUUGUGUUGUGCUUUGUCUCUCGAAUUCCUUGAUCCUUUUGGGAAAUCUCAGGGUCAUGUAGCAACAGAUGAUGACACUGAUAAGGGAGCCGUUGAAUUGACAUCCACAACAACAGGUAGUGGCGGUCAGAUCAAGAAGAAAGGGAUGAUUCUUCCAUUUGAACCACAUUCAAUUACCUUUAAUGAUGUCAAAUACUCGGUCGAUAUGCCACAGGAAAUGAAACAGCAAGGGGUGAGUGAAGACAGAUUACUACUGCUUAAGGGUGUGAGCGGAGCUUUUCGACCAGGAGUUCUUACAGCUCUUAUGGGGGUGAGUGGUGCAGGAAAAACUACUCUGAUGGAUGUGUUGGCAGGUAGAAAAACAGGUGGUUAUAUAGAAGGUGACGUUAGGAUUUCCGGGUAUCCCAAGAAACAAGAAACCUUUGCUAGGAUUUCUGGAUACUGUGAGCAAAAUGACAUCCACUCGCCUCAUGUUACCGUGUACGAGUCUUUGCUUUACUCGGCCUGGUUAAGGCUUUCUACGGACGUUGACGAACAAACCAGAAAGAGUUUUGUUGAUGAGGUUAUGGAUCUUGUGGAACUGAACCCAUUAAGAGAGGCAUUAGUUGGGUUACCAGGUAUCAACGGACUGUCUACAGAACAACGCAAGAGGUUGACCAUAGCCGUGGAGCUUGUAGCCAAUCCAUCCAUAAUCUUCAUGGAUGAGCCAACUUCAGGGCUUGAUGCUCGAGCUGCUGCUAUUGUAAUGAGAACGGUUCGGAACACUGUGGACACUGGAAGAACAGUUGUAUGCACCAUUCAUCAACCUAGUAUUGAUAUCUUUGAAGCUUUUGAUGAGUUGUUCUUGAUGAAACGAGGAGGGCAAGAGUUGUAUGUUGGACCUGUUGGUCGCAAUUCCUGCGAUCUGAUCAAGUAUUUUGAGGAUAUUCAUGGGAUAAGUAAGAUCAAAGACGGAUACAACCCUGCAACAUGGAUGUUGGAAGUUAGUACGUCGUCGCAAGAAAUUGCUUUAGGGGUAGAUUUCACUGAAAUCUACAGGAAUUCAGAUCUUUACAGGAGAAACAAAGCACUGAUUGCUGAACUGAGUGUACCACGUGCUGGCACGCAAGAUCUCUAUUUCCCGACACAAUACUCACAAUCAUUUAUGGUACAAUGCUUAGCUUGCCUAUGGAAACAACGUUAUUCAUAUUGGAGAAACCCUCCAUACACAGCAGUCCGUUUUGUCUUCACCACCUUCAUCGGCAUUAUCUUUGGUACUAUGUUUUGGGAUCUCGGUGGUAAAAUGAAAACCCAACGUGAUUUGACCAAUGCAAUGGGGUCAAUGUAUGCUGCAGUCCUCUUUCUCGCUAUCCAAAACGCAUCAUCAGUGCAGCCAGUUGUGGAUAUAGAACGCACCGUGUUUUAUAGAGAACGGGCUGCAGGAAUGUAUUCUGCUUUGCCAUAUGCUUUGGCUCAGGUUCUAGUCGAAGUUCCUUACGUUAUGGCCCAAACUGGAGCAUAUAGUGUAAUAGUUUAUGCUAUGAUCGGGUUUGAUUGGACAGCAGCCAAGUUCCUAUGGUACUGUUUCUUCCAGUUCUGCUCUCUACUCUACAUGACAUAUUAUGGCAUGAUGACCGUCGCCAUUACACCAAAUGCCAACUUUGGCGCCAUUGUUGCUGCCUUUUUCUAUGGAAUUUUCAACGUCUUUUCAGGAUUCCUUAUCCCACGACCCAGAAUUCCAGUUUGGUGGAGAUGGUACUUCUGGGGAAACCCUCUAGCUUGGAGCAUUUACGGCAUGGUUGCAUCACAGUUUGGGGAAUUCGAAGAUGAGCUAGUGAAUGGAGAGACCGUUAGAGGUUACUUGGAUCGGUAUUAUGGUUACAAACAUGAUUUCCUUGGCGUUGUCGCUGGAGUUAAUAUCGGCCUAGUUAUACUUUUUGCAUGUAUAUUUGCAUAUUGCAUUAGAGCCUUCAAUUUCCAGAAGAGAUAGAUGAUCACACUUGAUUUAAUCAUGGUUUCUACUAUUUGCUUGAUAAUGUAAGUAUGUUUUGUGUUGUUUUAUACAGCAGCAGUUGCAAGAUGUAUGUAUGUAUCAUAUAUAUGCAAGUUAGUUCUUGUUUUUUGAACGGUAAUAUAUUGACUUCAUUAGGCUUCGUAAUACUUGAUUUAA